AAGACAAAGCCUGCACCGGAGACCCGCGCAGGGAGGGAGGACUCCCGCCUUCGAGGCCCGCUGUCGGGCUUUGCUGGAGCCCGCCGCGUCCUCCUUGCCGCCCUCCCUGCCGGGUCCCAGCGAGUCGCCUUCACAACACGCUCGCCCUCGUCGUCGCCUGCCAUGGACAGCCACGGGGCAGGGCAGCCCGGAGCCCCCCGCCCCACACCCCGCCCCGCCCCAGCUGCCGCCCGCGGGGAACCAGCGCCACCAAGUUACUCCUCUCCCUGCCUGGCAGCUCCAGCCAGCCAGCCUCCCUCCUCCUCCUCCUCCUCCGCCCCGCGGCCCUUCCCGGCGCUGGGCUCCACCCCGUCGGCGGGGCUGCCAGCCCCGCUCCUCCUGCCUGCCCUUUCCUGUUGCUUCCCGGGAGGUUCUGGCUCCGGGUCCGGGUCCGGGUCCGGUCUGGGCCCCGCUGCUGCCGGGACGGCCCUCCUUCCCGCGGGGCCGCCAUGGCGCUGCUCGGCCGCCUCGGUGCCCUCCUGCAGCUGGCUGUGGAGACGGAGGAGCCCAGCCUCGACCUCCUGGCCGCCUUCACGGAGCACUGGAAGGGCAUCACCCACUACUACGUGGAGACCACAGACGAAAGCAAGCCGGCGAAACAGACAGACAUCCCCUGGCGCUUGAAACAGAUGCUGGACAUCCUGGUGUAUGAGGAGAAGCAGCCGCCGGCCGGGGAGACAGGGCCCUGCUUGGAGUACUUGCUUCAGCACAAAGUCUUGGAGACCCUCAGCACUCUGGCCAAAGCGGAGUAUCCUCCAGGGAUGAGGUCCCAGGUCCUCCUCUUCUUCAGCCGCCUGCUGGGACAAAUGCAGUGCCCCCUGCUGCAUUACCUGAAUGUGCACAGGCCUGUCCAGAAGCUCCUCCAGCUGGGCAGCGACGCGCUGGGCCCGGAGCCGGAGAAGGAAGCCCUGCAGUUUGUGGCUGUUCUGUGUGCCAAGAUCAGACAGGACCCCGCGCUGCUCCCACACGUUCUGGAGGGGAAGCGCAUGGCAGGCGGGCAGAGCAUGGAUCUGCCCCUCCAGCCUCAGGGAGCAGCCACUCAGCCCUUGGGGUCAGCGCCAGAGGGAGCCCGGGCAGAGCUGGGCCCCGGGGAGGCUGCCUGUGCCCCCCCAAUCGACGAAUCGGCCUCCCCCACCCUCAGCCUGGUGACCUCUCUGAUCCACUUGUGCAAGAGCAAGAAGAAGAAGGUUGCCCUGAGAGCUCAGGAGAAUCUGCUGCUGCUCACCAGCAUCGACCACCAAACGGCUGCCCUGGCCCUGACCCGAGACGGCGUGCUGUGCCGCCUGGUGGCUGGCCACCUCUGCAGCCUCUACGACGCCAUCCCUGCGGGCAUCAACCCUGCCGACGUUGCCGCACUCCAGCCCGUCAGUUGGAAGCUUCAGGGCAGCUCUGCUGAGGAGAGCUCCUCCUUCCCAGGACAAGCGGACCUGGAGGCUUUCUUUGGAUGGCUGGACCUCUGCGACUGCCUGGUGAAAGAGGCCCCCCCGCUGGUUGCAGACGUGGUCAGUGCGGCCGUGGGUCGGAGGCUCUUCCUGGGAAGCCUGCAGCCCCAGCUCCUGCAGAUGUCCGAACGUGGCGUCCUCCUCGCGACAGCCCUCCUGAUCGGCCUGGUGAGAAGCAUCCGUGCACCUGCCCUCCUCCGGGAGUUGGUGGGCUUUGUGCUGGGUGCCGAGAGGAUGCCGGAGGACUCAGGCCGCCAGCAGCAGCAGCAGCCCCCGCAGCCCCCCCACCCUCUGUGCUCCCAGCUGAUAGAGCGCUGCAACCAUCUCUCUGACGAGAUCAGCACGGCCACCUUGAGGCUCUUUGAGGAGCUGCUUUGGCUCCCCGACCAGCGCGUCGUCCAGAGCCUGGUGCUGCACCACCUGGAGGAGCGCAGCUACCUGCUGAGGAGCCCGUCCGGGCAGGAGGAGCCCGGCAGCCGAGAGCCAGAGCCCUGCGAGGAUGGGCUGGAGCUCGAGGAGGACCCCUACUUCAUGGACGGAUUCCCACACGGGGGCCUGCAGGCCUCCCUCCAGCCAGGCGUCCUGCCUGCCCCAGCCCAGCCUGCCCAGCCAGAGGGCAAGAGGGCCGUGAAGGAGGUGGUCAGCAGCUUCCUCUGCCUGGUUCCAAGCGAGGCCAAGACGUCGGCCUAUCUGGAGGAGGCCGGACACGACACGUACGUCCACGAUGCAAGCGGGCUGUUUCAGGAAUGCUGCGCCAACGCCGCCCGCUGGAGCUGGCCCCGGGUCCCUCUGCCCCUGGAGAGCUGCACACCAGGCCUGAGCUUUCACGAGGGCCAUCUCCUGAAGGUGCUCUUUGACCGCCUGGCACACAUCCUGGACCAGCCCUACGCGGUGAACCUGCAGGUGACGUCGGUGCUGUCCCGGCUGGCCCUCCUGCCCCACCCCCACCUCCACGAGUACCUGCUGGACCCCUACCUGCCGCUGGCCCCGGGCUGCAGGAACCUCUUCUCCGUGCUGAUCAGGGUGAUUGGAGACCUGAUGCAGAGGAUCCAUCGGGUGCCCGACUUCCCAGCCCACCUGCUGCUGGUCCGGAGGGGGCUGAUGGGGCUGCUCCCGGAAGAGCAAGCGAUCAGCCACCGGACCUUCCUGGAGGGAGUGGUGGUCCUGGAGGAGUUCUGCAAGGAGCUGGCGGCCAUCGUCUUCGUCAAGUCUGCCCCGGAGGGCCCUGCCUGACACCCCACCCCAGUGCAGAGGCGACAGCUUGCCCAGAAGGGCCAGGAGCUCGUGCAGCGGCCAGGCCACCCGCGGGACUCUGCUCGCUGCUUUGGGCUGGGCCCCUGGGGGCUCUCCGCGGCUCUUCACACCUGGGAUGAUGGCAACCUGGCGGAGAGGGGCAGGAGUCCCUAGGCCACGGGGCUGGCUCUCAGGGGGCCAUCGGAGCGCCCCCACGGUCCUGGGAGAGAAGGGCUGCCUCAGGGGAGCCGUGGAGCGGAGAGCUGGCCCAAGGACCACCGCACGACACCCUCGGUACUCCCCGCUGCCUCUUCUGGGAAUCAAGGGGGUGGUCCUCCUGCGCUUCCACUAUCCAGCACUCCGGCCCUCCUCCUCCUCCUCCAUUGCAAAACAAUAGAUGCCUCCUCUCGCUCAGACGUCCCCGGCCUUGGGCUGAAGCCUCUCCAGCUCUGCAAGCCUGCAAGAUCCAAGAGUUCCAAGCAGGGGGGGCUGCUGGCCUGUGCCCU